AUGAGGGAGAUCAAGACAGACAUUAUCAACACAACAAAGCAAAUCGGUUAUCUCGUUGACUGGCUAAUCUUACGCCAUGCAUCUCCAGAGCCGUACAAGCCAACGUUGUAUAUUGAUCUCGAAGGCGUAAAUCUCUGUCGUGUGGGCUCCCUUUCCAUCUUCACCCUUCUCAUUGAUAUCGAUAUCCCGACUAUACGUGUCUAUCUUAUCGAUGUGCAUUCGCUAGAUUCACGAGCGUCCAACACUGCUGGCAUCAAACAGCAGACUCUAAAGGAUGUUCUCCAAGAUGAAAGGAUACCAAAAGUGUUCUUCGACGUUCGAAAUGAUUCGGAUGCUUUAUUUACACAUUUUGGCAUCGCUGCAAGGGAUAGAAAAUAUUUAGCUUAUGGAGAGUGCUACGAGGACGACCACGAGAUCCAGAAAGUAGUUAAACGACCUGGCUAG